AUGAGAUGUCUACAAGAUAUUGGAUUUUCAUAUGGGCUAACUCUAUUUGGAUCUGGGCUUACAUUUUGGGCCAAUAAGAUGUCUACAAGCUUUGGGCUAAUGGCCAUAUUCUUGUGGUGUGAACCACAAGAAUGCUUCCCUUCCAUUAUCCAAGCAGUAGCUGCCAAUUGUCAAAAUCCCACAACCCCACCAAAGUUUGGAACACAUCACUUUCCAAAGCUGCAGUAUACUUGCUGUGCUGUUGCGUUGCUCCAAAUUCAGAGAAUGAACACUGCAAAAGGAGCUGCUCAGCUUCUCUCAACUCAGAACAGCAGGUCUCUCUUCGACUCUGUUGAGGCCUUUCUCUUUGAUUGUGAUGGUGUGAUUUGGAAAGGGGAUAAACUCAUUGAUGGGGUCUCUCAAACAUUGGAUUGGCUUCGUUCUAAGGGAAAGAAACUUGUUUUUGUGACCAAUAAUUCAUUAAAAUCAAGAAAGCAAUAUGCCAAGAAGUUCCAUUCACUUGGAAUUUCUGUUAAUGAGGAUGAGAUAUUCUCUUCAUCUUUCGCGGCAGCGAUGUACUUAAAAGUCAAUAAUUUUCCUCAGGAAAAGAAGGUUUAUGUGAUAGGCGGGGAAGGUAUAUUGGAAGAGCUACGGCUUGCUGGAUAUACAGGUCUUGGUGGCCCAGAAGAUGGUGAAAAGAGAGUAGAGCUGAAACCAAAUUCCCUCUUUGAACAUGACAAAAAUGUUGGAGCCGUUGUGGUUGGAAUAGAUCCAAGUAUCAACUAUUACAAGCUUCAGUAUGGAACCUUAUGCAUACGUGAGAAUCCAGGUUGCCUUUUUAUUGCUACGAAUCGUGAUGCAGUGGGACAUAUGACUGAUUUACAGGAGUGGCCUGGUGCUGGUUGUAUGGUUGCUGCCAUGUGUGCUUCAACUGAGAGAGAGCCUAUUGUAGUUGGAAAACCAUCAACCUUUAUGAUGGACUUCUUAUUAAAGAAGUUUCACAUCGAUACCUCCAAAAUGUGUAUGGUGGGUGAUAGGCUAGAUACUGAUAUUUUAUUUGGACAAAAUGCUGGCUGCAAAACUCUCCUUGUUCUUUCAGGGGUAACAACUCAAACCACUCUUCAAGCUCCAUCAAACAAUGUCCAGCCAGAUUAUUAUACAAGCCAGUUGUCUGACUUGCUUGACUUACUGGGACCAUAA